UGAAUGGAGAGGAGGAGUGUAUUACGUAUUUCUGUCAACUCAACUUUUAGGUGCGCCACUGUGUCUGUCACGACCAGUCGACAGAUCCACCCACAGGCAACGUUUUUGUGGAGCGCGCGUCGUGUGAGGAGUAUAAAGCUUAUUGUGAAAUAUUUAGUGGCAGGCUAGAGAUACUUAUUGCGUUUCUUUAGUAAUGAGGCUACUACGAAAAUUGUAGUCGUAUCUAGGAACCAGUCUAAAGCACACAGAAGGAGCGGAACAAGGAUCUCCACUCCCUCUCAGACUUGCUGGAAAAGCAGAUUAUUUGAAGACUAAACUGUAAGUGGAACGUGUCCUGUCAUACGGAUGUUUGCUAUUAAAGUUGCUAUUCACCUGUCAUGAAGUCUGCAGGUGUUUGAGGAUUGGAUAGAGCUCCUUAACGUUUGGUAUCCACCAUUAUAGUCUAAGAUAGCAUAUAAAGUGUUUUCUUUGUCCAUAUAGUUUGACAGUUUGCGUUAAUUUAAUCACAUUUCUCCCAACAUGUGUGAGAUUUGGUUCUUGUUUCCGACAUAAUCCAUAUCAAAUCCAAUCAGUAGCCUAAAAUAACGGUUGUGACGUUUCGUACCAUGUCAGGAGUGCAUUUUAGUUAACGCUAACCCUUUACCUAACCUGCUGCAUAAAUUCUCCUUACCUAUGAAAGUAACUUCCGUCCGUAGCUGUAUACCAUCUAGUAAAAAACACAAACAAGUGGUGUAGGCUAAACUACACAACUUUAACAACUGAAUACACACUUUGAAUAAAAACGCUGUCAUACUCAUCUAACAAAUAUUCAACUGAAUACACAAUCGCAUUGAAACUUUGAAUAAACACAUUCAUACUCAUAGCCUAUAACAAACUGUUAUUCAACUGAAGGGCAAACACCUAGUCAUGGACGUGUUUUUCACAUGGAUGUGAUAAAAGUUUACUCCAGUGUAGCGCGCUGCGCUCUCACACGCACAUCAUCACAUGAGCCCAGAAGCAGCGCAGGAAAGGACACUUCUGUUUAUCUCAAUCCCGCAGACAUGAAUGGACCGAUACCCUAUUUGGUUAUUUCUCUGACUCCUUUAGGGUGGUGGCUGGUAAGAGACUAGGGCAAGGAUCAGAUCACAGGUUUGUUCAUUCAUAGGUCAAAGGUAAUUUCAGAAAGCUAUAGGUGGGUCCUAACAUGGGCCUGGAGGUUUUCCUGGUUGGUUCACAUAGUCAGAAACAUUCAGGAAACUAGUCAUAAGACAUACACUUGUGAACCACUGGACUAAACCAUCAUUCUCCCUCUGUCUCUUUUCUAUCCCUCCUCUCCCUCCAAGACCAUGGAAGAUAGCCCUCAGCGGGCCGUGCAAGGCCUGGGCUCCUUCCCGUGGUACGUGGGGGGGACUCAGGUUCUAGGCCUGGCCUGUGUGGUGAUCACGGGCGUGUGGAUGGGCAGCUAUCAUGGAGGCUACGCCUGGGACGGUUCGGGACAGGAGUUCAAUGUACAUCCCCUCUGCAUGGUCCUGGGCCUGGUCUUUCUCUAUGGAGACGGUAGGGCAGAAUUAGAAUUAAACCAACUAAAAUUAGAAUUAAAACCAUUCCUCCAGGAAUUUAGUUAAACACCUUUUAAUAAAUCGCCUCAAUUAAUGGCUCAUUGUCCCAGUGAUCGAAUUGGUAAAGAGCAAUAAAGUAGCUCUCCAUUACUGCUGCCCUAUGUACAUAGACAUGGAACACUGGUCACUUUAAUAAUGGAACACUGGUCACUUUAGUAAUGGAACACUGGUCGCUUUAAUAAUGUUUACAUACUGUUUUACUCAUUUCAUAUGUAUAUACUGUAUUCUAGUGAAGGCCUAUCCUAUUUAACCAUUGCUGUACAUAUACUAUUUUAUACAACGUAUUCUUCAUAUAUACUGCAUAUUCUAUCCAUAUACUGUCCAUGUCGUCUAUACACCCCAUCACAUACAUGUACACACACACUCAGACAUUGCUCAUCUUAAUAUUUCUGUAUUUCUUAAUUAUAUUAUUUUACUUUUAGAUUUGUGUGUAUUGUUAGAUAUUAUUGCACUGUUGGGGCUAGGAACACAAGCAUUUUGCUACACCCGCUAUAACAUCUGCUAAAUAUGCGUAUGAGACCAAUACAAUUUGAUUUGAUUUAUAGGUAAGAUGGAGGAGGUAGAUGAACAACACUGUCGAGAACAGAGGGAAGCUGAGGCCAGUGUCUUCUUGGAGCCACAAUGCCAGUUGUCUUCUCUGUCUGCUCUGUUAGCCUAGGGGUCUUCUGACCUAUUGCAUUAGUGUGAUACUAAGCUAACGCUACACAGGGCUCAGGCACAGGCCUAAGGGCACGCUCUGCAACAGGCAUAAAUCCCUAAUGCUAUUAGGGUGGGAGGAGCAGAGAUUUUAUUAUUUUUUGUUUGUUUCCAGGCCAUUGUGUUUCUCCCCCUCUCUGUGUGAGAGAGAAAUUAGUAAUGCAGGGAUUUGUUCCCAUAAAUAAUAAAUGAUAAACACUUACUGGAAAGCAAAGGGGAAAGGUCAGAUUCAGUGUACAAAGGCUUUUCCAUUGGUCCCUGAACCGUGAUUGUAAUGAGAGAAAAAUAAGUUAUUCAGCCAUUGACAAUAAUGUAAAUAAAAUCUCCUUUGUGGUGUCAAAUAAAACAGCCAACAAAACAGAUGCUUGUUAUUAAGUUAAGUCAGCUGUAGCCUUUUGAUUCCUAACCUUGCUACAGCAAUUGAAUUAGGAUAUUAAACCUUAAAGGUCACUUAGCCAUUAGUGUGAGCGGUCAGUCCAAAUGGAGCUGGGAUGAAAACACCCUCCAGGGAAACCAGCUGUCCUUAGUGGGAUCGGGAGACACACAGCAAAGAGAAUUGCCUGGAACGUUGUUUCAGUAUUUCUGCAAUUUUAAUAAUACAAGAACGCAGUUGCCAUCGGUACUAUUGGCCAAUGUAAUCGCUAGAUAAUAGUGGACGAACUACAAGCAUGUAUAUCCUACCAACGGGACAUUCAACUGUAAUAUCUUAUAUUUCACCGAGUCGUGGCUGAACGACAACAUGAAUAACAUACAGCUGGCGGUUAUACACUGUAUCGGCAGGAUAGAACAGCAGCCUCUGGUAAGACAAGGGGUGGCAGUCUAUAUAUACACUACCGGUCAAAAGUUUUAGAACACCUACUCAUUCAAUGGUUUUUAUUUUAUUUUUACUAUUUUCUACAUUGUAGAAUAAUAGUGAAGACAUCAAAACUAUGAAAUACACAUAUGGAGUAACCAAAAAAGUGUUAAACAAAUCAAAAUAUGUUAUAUUUGAGAUUCUUCAAAUAGCCACCCUUUGCCUUGAUGACAGCUUUGCACACUCUUGGCAUUCUCUCAACCAGCUUCACCUGGAAUGCUUUCCAACAGUCUUGAAGGAGUUUCCACAUAUGCUGAGCACUUGUUGGCUACUUUUCCUUCACUCUGCGGUCCAACUCAUCCCAAACCAUCUCAAUUUAGUUGAGGUUGGGAUUGUGGAGGCUAGGUCAUGUGAUGCAGCACUCCAUCACUCUCCUUCUUGGUAAAAUAGGCCUUACACAGCCCUUACACAGCCCUUACACAGCCCAAAGACACGGCGGUUGGAACCAAAAAUCUCAAAUUUGGACUCCAGACCAAAGGACAAAAUUCCAACGGUCUAAUGUCCAUUGCUCGUGUUUCUUGGCCAAAGCAAGUCUCUUCUUCUUAUUGGUGUCCUUUAGUAGGGGUUUCUUUGCAGAAAUUCGACCAUGAAGGCCUGAUUCACACAGUCUCCUCUGAACAUGUCUGUUAUUUGAACUCUGUGAAGUAUUUAUUUGGGCUGCAAUUUGAGGCUGGUAACUCUAAUGAACUUAUCCUCUGCAGCAAAGGUAACUCUGGGUCUUCCAUUCCUGUGGCUGUCCUCAUGAGAGCCAGUUUCAUCAUAGCGCUUGAUGGUUUUUGCGACUGCACUUGAAGAAACGUUCAAAGUUCUUAAUGUUCCGUAUUGACUGACCUUAAUGUCUUAAAGUAAUGAUGGACUGUCGUUUCUCUUUGCUUAUUUGAGCUGUUCUUGCCAUAAUAUGGACUUGGUCAUUUACCAAAUAGGGCUAUCUUCUGUAUACCCCCCUACUUUGUCACAACACAACUGAUUUGCUCAAAUGCAUUAAGAAGGAAAGAUAUUCCACAAAUUAACUUUUAAGAAGGCACACCUGUUAAUUCAAAUGCAUUCCAGGUGAUUACCUCAUUAAGCUGGUUGAGAGAAUACCAAGCGUGUGCAAAUCUGUCAUCUAGGCAAAGGGUGGCUAUUUGAAGAAUCUCAAACAAAUCCAAAUAUAUUUAAUAUUUAACUUUUUUUUUUGGUUACUACAUGAUUCCAUGUGUUAUUUCAUAGUUUUGAUGUCAUCACUAUUAUUCUACAAUGUAGAGAAUUGUAAAAAUAAAGAAAAACCCUUGAAUGUGUAGGUGUUUUAACUUUUGACCGGUAGUGUAUUUGGAAACAAUAGCUGGUACAUGAUAUCUAAGGAAGUCUCAAGGUUUUGCUCGCCUGAGGUAGAGUAUCUCAUGAUAAGCUGUAGACCACACUACCAAGAGUUUAUCUAUAUUCUUCGUAGCUGUCUAUUUACCACCACAAACCGAUGCUGGCACUAAGAUCGCACUCAAUGAGCUGUAUUCGGCCAUAAGAAAACAGGAAAACGCUCAUCCAGAGGCGGCCGGGGACUUAGGUAAAAACGGAUUUAAGUUCUACCAGCAUGUUAAAUGUGCAACCAGAGGGGGGGAAAAACUCUAGACCACCUUUACUCCACACACAGAGACGUGUACAAAGCUCUCCCUCGCCCUCCAUUUGGCAAAUCUGACCAUAAUUCUAUCCUCCUAAUUCCUGCUUACAAGCAAAAACUAAAGCAGGAAGUACCAGUGACUCGGUUAAUAAAAAAGUGGUCAGAUGAAGCAGGACUGUUUUGCUAGCACAGACUGGAAUAUGUUCUGGGAUUCUUCCGAUGGCAUUGAGGAGUACACCACAUCAGUCACUGGCUUCAAUAAGUGCAUUGAUGACGUCGUCCCCACAGUGACUGUACGUACAUACCCCAACCAGAAGCCAUGGAUUACAGGCAACAUCCGCACUGAACUAAAGGGUAGAGCUGCCGCUUUCAAGGAGCGGGACUCUAACCCGGACGCUUAUAAGAAAUCCCGCUAUGCCCUCCGACGAACCAUCAAACAGGCAAAGCAUCAAUAUAGGACUAAGAUCGAAUCUUACUACACCGGCUCCGACGCUCGUCGGAUGUGGCAGGGCUUGCAAACUAUUACAGACUACAAAGGGAAGCAGAGCCGCGAGCUGCCCAGUGACAAACCUACCAGACGAGCUAAAUUACUUCUAUGCUCGCUUCGAGGCAAGUAACACUGAAACAUGCAUAUGAGAGCAUCAGCUGUUUCGGAAGACUGUGCGAUCAGGCUCUCCGUAGCCGAUGUGAGUAAGACUUUUAAACAGGUCAACAUUCACAAGGCCGCAGGGUCAGACGGAUUACCAGGACGUGUACUCCGAGCAUGCGCUGACCAACUGGCAAGUGUCUUCACUGACAUUUUCAACCUCUCCUUGUCUGAGUCUGUAAUACCAACAUGUUUCAAGCAGACCACCAUAGUCCCUGUGCCCAAGAACACUAAGAUAACCUGCCUAAAUGACUACCGACCCGUAACACUCACGUCUGUAGCCAUGAAGUGCUUAGAAAGGCUGGUAAUGGCUCACAUAAACACCAUUAUCCCAGAAACCCUAGACCCACUCCAAUUUGCAUACCGCCCCAACAGAUCCACAGAUGAUGCAAUCUCUAUUGCACUCCACACUGCCCUUUCACACCUGGACAAAAGGAACACCUAUGUGAGAAUGCUAUUCAUUGACUACAGCUCAGCGUUCAACACCAUAGUGCCCUCAAAGCUCAUCACUAAGCUAAGGACCCUGGGACUAAGCACCUCCCUCUGCAACUGGAUCCUGGACUUCCUGAUGGACCGCCCCCAGGUGGUAAGGGUAGGUAACAACACAUCCGCCACGCUGAUCCUUAACAUGGGGGCUGCUCGGGUGCGUGCUCAGUCCCCUCCUGUACUCUCUGUUCACUCAUGACUGCAUGGCCAGGCACGACUCCAACACCACCAUUUAAGUUUGCCGAUGACACAACAGUGGUAGGCCUGAUCACCGACAACGACGAGACAGCCUAUAGGGAGGAGGUCAGAGACCUGGCCGUGUGGUGCCAGGACAACAACCUCUCCCUCAACGUGAUCAAAACAAAGGAGAUGAUUGUGGACUACAGGAAAAGGAGGACUGAGCACGCCCCCAUUCUCAUCGACGGGACUGUAGUGGAGCAGGUUGAGAGCUUCAAGUUCCUUCGUGUCCACAUCACCAACAAACUAACAUGGUCCAAGCACACCAAGACAUGUGAAGAGGGCACGACAAAGCCUAUUCCCCCUCAGGAGACUGAAAAGAUUUGGCAUGGGUCCUCAGAUCCUCAAAAGGUUCUACAGCUGCACCAUCGAGAGCAUCCUGACUGGUGGCAUCACUGCCUGGUAUGACAACUGCUCGGCCUCCGACCGCAAGACACUACAGAGGGUAGUGCGUACGGCACAGUACAUCACUGGGGCCAAGCUUCCUGCCAUCCAGGACCUCUAUACCAAGUGGUGUCAGGGGAAGGCCCUAAAAAUUGUCAGACUCCAGCCACCCUAGUCAUAGACUGUUCUCUCUGCUACCGCACGGGAAGCGGUACUGGAGUGCCAAGUCUAUAGGUCCAAGAGGCUUCUACCCCCCCAAGCCAUAAGACUCCUGAACAUCAAUCAAAUGGAUACCCUGACUAUUUGCAUUUCUUUCUUAACUGCAUUGUUGGUUAAGGGCUUGUAAGUAAGCAUUUCACUGUAAGGUCUACACCUGUUGUAUUCAGCGCAUGUGACAAAUAACAUUUGAUUUGAACAGUUGUUUAUUGUGUUCUCAUAGCAUUUCUGUAACAUUUUUCUGCUAACCAACCCUGUCUGUGUUGGUGUGACCUUGGUGGCAGCUACAUGUCAAGUGUUUGUGAAAAUGCAUUGUAGUGGUCUUGUUGAAUGACUUCUGCCCCACUCGAAGCCUAACCUUACUUAACCUUCACCUCAAACUCACUGGGACUAAGACAACCCCAUAACUACCCUGAUUCACCCUUUCUUUUGUAGUAUCCCACCUGUUAUUGCCCUUGGUGCCAUGUAGGGUGUGAUUAUGGUACUAUGACAACAGUAAUGACUAACUUUUUAAAUGGUUACAGCAGAUUAAGGUGCAAAAGCAAUGUUUGAAGCUAAACUAUUAUUUGUUUUAUUUCAAAUUAGUGUAUAAGCACGUUAUUACAACAAUUAAUUUACACAUGCCAUGUACUACGUGUGAACGUUAUGUAAAGUCUGACCACUGUAUAUUUAGCCAGGAUUGACUUUACUAUUAUCUUCUUGUGGAAAUGAUUAUGUUUGAAUAGAGACUUAUGUAAAUGCUAACCAGACAUGUUUGUCUCUCUCACAGCGAUCCUGGUGUACAGAGUAUUUAGGAAUGAAAGCAAACGCAAUGUCAAGAUUCUCCAUGCUGUGCUCCACCUUCUCGCCCUCAUUAUCAGCAUAGUGGGUAAGGCCUGUGUGUGUGUGUGGAGGGUGUCCGUGUCUAAGGGCAAGACUUGUUGUUUUGGCCUUUUCCCCUUGAACCCAAACAUUCUAAACUAAUCUAAAUGUGUAGCUAUUGUAUAUAAAGGAAAAUGCCUAACCUAGCUAGUUAGUUGAAUAUAUAAAUGACAUGUCUUACAUGGUAAGACAAACAAGUGGACUUAUCUAUUGGAGGGUCAUAAAUUGGUUCUCUAGGGCCAGAUCAGUUGUUCAGGCCCACAGCUAGGGCAGACAUAGAAAUCAUCAUUCUUUUCAGGAGAAAAACAAAUACAAACUACUUAACGGUGAUGGCAUGGCUCCUCAAAAUAUAAGGGAACUGGCAAGGUUAAAAAAUGUACAAACGUAGUAGGCUACGAACAUGGGUAACAUGAGAUGAGACUGCGCAUACUAACCAUGAAUCAGUGGUGCGCCAUGGGUGUGUAAAUCUGUGAAUCACCGUAGCCUACGUCAUGUACUGAGGUCUGGAGUAGUCAUGGAAACAGGCAGGUCUACCCAAACUGGUCAUCAGUCUAAACCAGGGCUGCCCAACCCUCUUCCUGGAGAUCUACUGUCCUGUAGGUUUUCAGUCCAACCCAAAUGUAGCAUAUCUGAUUCAGCUAGUUAAGGUCUUGUUGAGCAGCUAAUAAGUAGAAUCAGGUGUGUUUUAAAUUAGGGUUGGACUGAAAACCCACAGGACGGUAGAUCUCCAGGAAGAGGGUUGGGCAGCCCUGGUCUAAACGCUGCAAUCUGGCUUCAGGCAAUCCUUAUUGACUCAGAAACAUUUGGUUUGCAAGGAGGGUGAUCAUAUAAAUAAUACCCACAAAUCCAUACAUGGAGGCAGGUAAAAAACAUUGUACAGAGUAACAUUCAUUGAUAUGUACGAAGUCAUAAUUUAUCAAGAUUGUUCUAUACAAAAUUAAUGGGAAAGAUUGACACUUACAUCAUCAGCACUAGCUAGCAUGAGUAUUAUUGUAUCUCCUCAGGUAUCGUGGCUGUGUUUGACUUCCAUAAUCAUAACAAGAUCCCCAACAUGUACUCCCUCCACAGCUGGUGUGGCAUGCUCACCUUUGUUCUCUUCUGUGUACAGGUCAGCCCUCGGCUCUCUUUCUCCUUCACGCAGUCACAUGCACACACAAAAACCAAACAAAUAAUUUCUUCCUUGUAUCAGAAUUUCAAUUAAUGUACUGUUUGCACUGAGAACCUAGCUGUAUACAGGCAGUACCUCUUAUGUUACAUUCUAAUAGGCAUAAUAGUUUAAUAACAUUAGUCCUCUACUCCCUCCUCAGUGGCUGAUGGGGCUGGGUUUCUUCCUCUUCCCUGGGACGUUAAUGGCGCUGCGGAGCUGGUACCUGCCGCUACAUGUCUUCUUUGGCCUGGCCAUGCUCGCCAUGUCCCUAGCCACCUGCCUACUGGGCAUUUCAGAGAAACUGUUCUUCAGUAUCCAGUGAGUAUUACUAUGCAGGGGCUCAGUUCCAAUAUCCAUACCACCACUUACAAUGAAGACAUUUAUACAAAUGGCAUGGAUUUUAAGUGGUAUGCUAAAAUACAGAAAUGCACAUAAUUAUUGGGUUAAAAGUGAAAAGUAAGAGAAGUGCCAGAUGUUCAAGUCAGUGCUAUGUUUGUCACUUUGGAUGAUGAAGUGCUACUACUUUGCCCAGCUCUACCCUGCUAAAUCAUAGGAGAGUUAAUUAUUGUACAGGGUAUGUUUGGUGAAAGCUGGGGUUUUGCUGUCUGGGCUAUCUUUAUGACAACAUGGUCAGACAUGGAGUCUUUGCACAUUAUGAAUCAUUCUCCUGUUGUUUGGUGCCAUAUGUUGUUAUGCUUAAGGUCAUCUUGAGUCACACAGAACAUUUUAUAACUAACGAUUCAUUACAAACGUUGCCAUUAUGAUAUAAUACAGAAAUCCUUUUUCUUCCCAGGCACACAUAUUCACAGUUUGUGCCAGAGGGGAUCCUGGGUAACAUGCUGGGACUGGUGUUAGUAGCUUUUGGGAUUCUGGUAGGCUACGUGGUGACACGGGAGGACUUCAGAAGACCCCCGCACCCAGAGGAGGAGGCCUUAUCUGUGCACUUUAAGACCCUGACUGAGGAAGGAGGGAGCCCCAACUCGCCUUAACAUCCCCUUUUCGCUUAAACCAGGAAACACUCUGGUCUGAAAAGCUACUGUGUGUGCAGACUUUUAGUAAAAAAAUCUGGUGUAUGAGAGCUGGGUUAGAACAAAAGCCUGCACACUCGGUAUCUCUCCAGGACCAGUUGGAGAUCUGUCUGAUAUGCUGUCUCUCCAUUU